UUACACACACACACGCUAGAUAUAGAUUCAACAUUUGAUAAUCAUCCUCUGACUUAUACAAUACAAAAUAAUAAAUAAAAUCGUCAUCCGCCGUCGAUCACCGUCUCUAUCGGCCAUUACUCACCUUCCUCCCCAAUGAGAAAGGUUUGUAACAAAGUACUUGAAGAAGUUUAAGAAAUCAGAAAAGCCUAUAGAGAUAGAGAUAGAGAUGGCUAUAGGUACAGCUGCUUUAUCUGAUGAGCCUCCAGCUCCUUCUUGGUUCACUCCUAAAAGGUUGCUUGUAGUAUUUUGUGUCAUCAACAUGGUGAAUUAUGUGGACCGAGGAGCCAUUGCAAGUAAUGGUGUAAAUGGGAGUCCCAGAAGUUGCACGGAAAGUGGUGUUUGCUCCGAUGGUAGUGGAAUUCAGGGUGAUUUUGAUCUGACCAAUUUUAGAGAUGGUGUUAUUUCAUCCGCCUUCAUGGUUGGACUUCUUGUUGCCUCUCCAAUAUUUGCAUCAUUGGCCAAGAGCAUCAAUCCUUUUAGGCUUAUUGGAGUUGGUUUGUCUGUAUGGACUUUUGCUGCAGCUGGUUGUGGGUUUUCAGUUGACUUUUGGUCUAUCACAAUAUGCCGAAUGUUAGUUGGUGUUGGUGAAGCUUCUUUCAUAAGUCUUGCAGCUCCAUUCAUUGAUGACAAUGCUCCAGUAGAUCAGAGAACAGCAUGGCUAGGAAUAUUCUACAUGUGCAUACCGACUGGAAUUGCCGUUGGUUAUGUUUAUGGAGGACUGGUUGGAGCUAGUUUAGGUUGGCGUUAUGCAUUUUUUGGCGAGGCAAUUUUAAUGCUGCCAUUUGCUAUCUUGGGUUUUACUAUGAAACCUUUACAUAUGAAAGGCAUGUCAACUGAUAAGAAGUUCCCAACGCCUUUGAAUGAUGAUCUUCCUGACCAUAGCCAUAAGGAACAUUCCAGCUACCUUUCAUUUACAUUCAACCAGUUAUCCAGAUUCUGGCUAGAUAUACAAGCUCUUUUGCACGAGAAGAUAUAUGUGAUAAAUGUUCUAGGUUAUAUUGCUUAUAACUUUGUCAUUGGUGCAUAUUCAUACUGGGGACCAAAGGCUGGUUAUAGCAUAUAUCAAAUGAAUAAUGCUGAUAUCUUAUUUGGAGGAAUCACAAUAAUUGGUGGAAUUGUAGGCACAUUGGGGGGAAGUAUCAUCUUGGAUCGCAUGAAUUCCACUAUCCCUAAUGCUUUUAAGCUGCUUUCUGCAACGACGUUCUUUGGAGCAAUAUUUUGCUUUAGUGCCUUUUGUUUUAGUAACUUGUACGUUUACAUGGCUCUCUUUCUUAUUGGGGAGAUUCUCGUUUUUGCCACUCAGGGUCCUGUGAAUUUUGUUUGUCUCCAUACUGUUAAACCAAGUCUACGACCAUUAUCUAUGGCUAUGUCAACUGUAUCUAUUCACAUUUUUGGUGAUGUGCCAUCCUCUCCACUUGUUGGGAUACUCCAGGAUAAAGUUGACAACUGGAGGACAUCAGCUCUGAUCUUAACUUCAGUAUUCUUUUUGGCUGCUGGAAUAUGGUUUAUAGGCAUUUUUCUUCACAGUGCAGACAGAUACAAUGAAGACAAUGAGAAUCUAGUGACCACUACCAAGCAGUCAGAUAUAAUACCGUUGCUUGAAAAUAAGCCGGAUGAUGCGCUUCCUACUUCCACUUCACUUUAAGCAUGAAUAGAUGGAUGAUAGAUUCAAGAUGAAGCAAAUGUACAGCAUCCCCUCUCAUUGUUGUUUUCAAGAAGUUUUCCUAUUUGUGUUGUAACAUUCUACUGGCAGACUAUGUAUAAACUUCUAUUAGCAGGUAUAUGACCUUUCAUUUAUCUUGGGUUGGACAGAGUCAGAUCCAGUAUGCAAACAACCCGACUCGAGUUCUUAUCAUGUUUUCAGUCCGUUAAAUGUUAAUACUCGUAUAUGUGUAAUUAGUGUUGGAAGCCCGGUUGAACUUCAGUCAAGUA